GACUUUCCUUCUUUUUCUUUUUCUUUUUCUUUUUCUUUUUUUCCUUUCUUCCCCAGCCAUUUUCGCGUGUCUGCUCUGUUUCUUUUUCUCCUCUGCAGCCGGACAUGAGCCCAGCCAUCACCGACGCCUCCACCUGAAAAAUUGAAAAUUUUUCCAGAUCUGCUGUCUUCUUCCUCCUCUGCCGCCGGCUGCUACUGGAGUGAACUCCGGUUUUCUUGGUAAAAAUCAGCCAUAAAACUCUUUUUUCAGCCUUGAUGUAUGUGGGUUCACCCUGAUUUUCAUUUCUCUCAAUUGCUAGUGGUUCUCGUGGAAGCCCCCCAAUUUUCCGCCAGCCUUCCCACCGCCAGCUCGAAUUUCUUUGCUUGCUGAAUUUUCUGGUCUUUGAUCCUCCUGUGACCUUAGCACUUGGGUUAAGCCCUCUGUCCUGUGCAAUUAAGGUAGUGAGACCCGACGCAUGGGGAGCCCGGAGGAGUGGCAAGCUAGACGGCUAAGCAUUUUUUGGACUUAGGUUUUUGUAGCUAGGCCGUUAGUCACCCAUGCUGAUUUAGAAAUUUUUGUAUACAUAACUCCUUUAGUAUAGUAAUGACUGUAUAGAGGAAGUUAUUAAUCUUUGUACAUUUUGACGAGUAAAUAAUUAGAAAGAAAAAGAAAAUAGAUACUACUUGAGUUUCUAAAUCUGAAUUAUUUGAAUUCAGUAAGUUUGAGCCUUGUGCAUUUGUGGGACUCAUUCUUGAAUGCACGAUGUUUGUUUUGCUCUUGGUUUUGGGGCGUGACAAUAUAUUAGUGGGCUUUCUUUACAUAUAGCUCGAUUUGAUCAACUGUUAUUUACCGUGACAUUUAAUCUUGCUCUUACUAUAGUUGCUUAGACCUUGAGAUCUAUGCAAGAUAUCCAAUCAAAAGGUUCAAAUUGCUUCUUAGGUUACAUUGAGUUGUUUAAUAAAUGGGCAUAUGGUCACUUGAUGGGUUCUCAAUUUGAAGCUUUACUUAGUGUUCCUAUUGAAGACAAGAAAGUAGAGGAUUGACAUCAAGCAUUUUUGUUUGCAACUGUUAAUGGUGUCAAAUUUCUACUCCCAACUUGGAAUGCUACUCACUAUCUUUCUCCACUUGAGGGACAUUACUCAAUUCCUUUGUUGGAUAUUCAUGGGUGAGUUACUUAUUUGGUGGAGUUGGCAUCCCAUCAAUUGGGAAAGGCACAAAGUGCUCUUUUUCUAGAUGAUGCUUUGUAACCACACUAUAAUUAUGCAUUUUUUAUGAUGGUUGUUGACACGUUAUUCAAGGCACAUAGAAUGUGGGACAAAUGUAAGAUGUUGCCUAUAUAGAAGGAAAGGGAGACUAGACCACAAUAUGAUCAAUGGAGAUUCGUUUGUUUCUUUGCCAUGGGAGGUAACAAACAUAAAAAACUUUACCAUCAUGGAUUUGACUACCAAGACUUUAGUCAUAUUCAAAGACCUCAUUUGCAAGAAAAGUAUGAUGAGUUAGCUCUUAAUCAUGAGUUGCUUAAAAUGGGAAAGGAAUUAUCUUAUCAACAAGUAGUGGGGUUGAAAGACAAGAUCGCUUUGUUGGAAAAAGACUUGGUUGCUAGUGGACAAGUAUGUGAGAAGCAAAAGAAAAGUUUGAAGUUUGCUAGAGAACAAAGGAAAAGGCUAUUACAAGUGAAGGUGGAUCUCAUAGUAAAAGAGAAGGAGAACAAGAAGCUUGUUGAGAAAUUAUCAUCAUUGCCACCCAUGGUGAUCUUAUUCAUAUUUCCAUGAGUGAAAAUUUUGUUAAUUUCCAAAAAGUUAUAAGGGUUGUUCCUAUCUUGUUGAAGCAAAUUAUAAAUUAAUACAUUAUAUGUGUGUUA